GUUACAUGGAUUAUUUCUAUAAUGCCUAAGUCACAGCUGUAAGUGUGCCUGUCACCAAAUAGUGUUCAUUGUACCUGUUCAGUAGGUUUUUGCCCCUCCCCACUUCUCGAUUUCCAAUGACUUUACUUCUGCCUGUGCCCCUGUGCCCACUGAUUAGCUCCAAAUUACUAGAGAGCACACGUGGUGUUUGUUUUUCUGUUCCUGAGUUACUUUACUUCGGCUAAUGGUCUCCAGCUCCCUCCAAGUUGCUGCGAAGGACAUUAAUAAUUUCUCUUCAUGGCUGAGUAAACACCUGUGGGGACAAAUCGUCAUGUCUUGACCUUCAGAAUGCUGGUGGGCUGGGGGCAUUUUUUAAGCUGCAUCAGUAACUGGAAUGAAUCCAGUUUUCUAAAUUACCGAUAGUUCUUGGAGGUGGAUCCCGCUAACAGAGCCGGUGUUCGCGGUGCAGUGAAGUCUCCCACCCUCCGUGAGAGGUGGCCGCGGACGGUGAGCCCGGCAUGUGGGGAGCGACACCGCUUCCCCAGCACACGCACCCUCACUUCUCUGGCACGUGGGUCUCCCGCAGGAGGUUUGACUUGUGGGCGAGCGCCUCGGAAUUUGGUGGUCAACCUGUGGAAGAAAUGGAUUUGGAUCUAUUGGACCUGAACCCCAGAAUUAUUGCUGCAAUUAAGAAAGCCAGACUGAGGUCAGUGAAGGAGAUCCUGCACUUCUCUGGACCAGACCUGCAGAGAGUGACCGCCCUCUCCAGCCUCGACGUCCGGCAUGUGCUGAGAGCGGCCUCCUUGCACCUGCGGGGAGGUGGCGUCCUCACAGCGUUGCACCUGCACCAGCAGAAGGAGAGGUUCCCCGAGCAGCACCAGCGCCUGAGCCUUGGCUGCCCGGUCCUGGACGGGCUCCUCCAUGGCGGCCUGCCCCUGGCGGGCAUCACCGAGCUGGCCGGCCGCAGCUCUGCAGGGAAGACCCAGCUGGCGCUGCAGCUCUGCCUGGCGGUGCAGUUCCCGCGGCAGUACGGAGGCCUGGAGGCUGGGGCCGUCUACAUCUGCACGGAGGACGCCUUCCCGGACAGGCGGCUGCAGCAGCUCAUCGCCCGGCAGCAGCGGCUGCGCGCGGACGUUCCCGGGGAGGUGGUCCGCAAGAUCAGAUUUGGCAGCCAGAUCUUCGUGGAGCACGCGGCUGACGUGGACACCUUGUUGGAGUGUGUGAGUGAGAAGGUCCCCAUCCUGCUGUCUCGGGGCAUGGCCCGCCUGGUGGUCAUCGAUUCGGUGGCAGCUCCGUUCCGCUGUGAGUUUGAUGGCCAGGCCUCGGCCCCCAGGGCCAGGCAUCUGCAGUCGCUGGGGGCCACACUGCACCGGCUGAGCAGCGCCUUCCAGAGCCCUGUGCUGUGCAUCAAUCAGGUGACGGAGGUGGUGCAGGAGCCAGGUGGGGCGCCCAGGCCGCCAGGCUCCUGGGACGAGCGCAUCUGUCCGGCCCUCGGCAUCACUUGGGCCAACCAGCUCCUCGUGAGACUGAUGGUGGACCGGCGCUGGGACGAGGAGCCCACCCUUGGCCCAGCCAGCCGGACCCUACGGGUGCUCUUUGCCCCCCACCUGCCUUCCUCCUCAUGUUCCUACAUGGUCAACGAGGAAGGUGUGCGAGGGAUGCCUGGGACCGAGUCUUACUGACACACUGGUGGCUACAGAACAGCCUGGCCAGGCCUGAGACUCCCCAACUGGCAGAGCCUGCCUGGGCCUGGCAUAGCCCCUAGCUCAAGCCCUCCUAUUCCACCCGGCACGGACUGCUCUCCCCUCUGCCCGGCCGGCUGAGCCUUGGCGCUGGUUCCCGCAUGGCCUAGCCGGCCCUUGGGGAUGGGUGAUGCACUGAGGCCGGCAACCGGGGUGUCCGAGGUGGCUCCCUCCUGCCCCGGCUCUGCUCUCCGCAUUAACACCAGCCAGGAGCCGGGUCAAAGCCUAUCCUGGGCCUGGAGCCCUGUCCAAAGCGGCCUCCCCUCCUCCAGGCAGGGUGGUCCUCAGUCCCCCUCCCAAAGCACACCCUACGCUCAGGCCACAGCAGGCUGCAGCCAGCGGGUUCCACACAGGCAGACACCCCACCCCUAAGAUCUGAGUUUGGUGCAUCAAGCUGCCCUCAGGCCGCAAGUCAGAAGGGGGUGGGAGUGGGGUUGACUGGACUUGUGCAUCCCCCCUGCCACCAACACCACCGGACCAGGUCGCAUAGGCAGCCUGGGGCUCUGCUGGGAAACUGCUGUGUGCAAAGAGGACCUGGUCUGUAACGAAGGCCGUGUCCUGCGUGGGCUCGGUGCCCCCCAGCCUGGCCCCAGGGUCCCAGACACCCAGUGCAGCCCCGGCCUGGGGCAACGUCCACCCUGGUGGGGAUGCGGCAGGACACCCGGCAGGGCCACGGCAGACCCAGACCCGCAUUUGUGGCCAGGCCUUAUUCCAGCCAGCAAGCAGGGCCGCCCGGCAACACAUCGGGCUGCAGACGUGGAAUCUGACCAGAGACACGAGGCCAGCAGUCACCGUGAGGGUGUGGCCUCUUCCCGGGCAGGGCUGUGACUGUCUCCUCAUGCGGUGCCUGGCACGGAGCAGGCCUCUGACAAAUAAACGGGCUAAGUAAGCACAGUGA